CGACAUGUUCUCAGGAUAAUAAGAGAAGGAUCCAAGACCAUGACCCGAGAUGUGCCCAAGACCUCCUCCACGCUCCCCAUGCCCCGACAGGUCGCCGAUCGGUGAUUCUGCUGCGUCGGCGGGCCUCGACAUCCUGUCGGUGCACAUCUGCACUCCGCUGGAGCUCAUGAACGCCACCCCGAUCCCGCUCAGCCUCCAGUUCCACCGGCUGGCCAAGGACGAGGGCGCGAGGCCGCUGCCGCCGGUCACCGUGCGCGUGGAGCCCUUCUCAGUCUGCGACAGCCCCCCGCAGCUGGACCCGCCGGAAGCCUUCGGCGUGUCCGUCCUGCUGGCGGACGCAGGCGGCUGCCCAGCCACGGGCACCGGCGGGCCGACGCAGCAGCUGGCCACGGACAUCCUGAGCGGCGAGGCGGACUCCGAGGAGAUCGUGCCGCUGUGCGGCGGCCGCUCCAGUGCGGGCAGCCCGGAGCUGCUCGUGACCCUCGCGCGCCGCGGGCUGGCGGUCUGCGUCUCGUGCUCCCGCUGGCUGGUCGACCGCACUGGCCUGGGUAUUCGCGUGAUCUGCUCUUCGGAUCCGCUCACGGACCAGAACGCGCCGCUGCCGCAAGCCGACGGUUACAUCUCGCUGCUUGGAUCCGAUCACCCGCCAGCGUCGUCCAACAACAGCAGGGAGCCCGUGCACUACCUCGCGCUGUGCGACGAGCCGGGCCAGGGCUGGACCGCCACGGCUCGGAUCGGCCUCCCCGACAGCGGCGCCGGGGGGGCGGGCGGGGGGGUCAGCGAG